AUGUUUCCCACCCCAUUCGAACCUGGUGCUGCGCUACAGUUCCCAUCCUUUCCAAAAACUCACAACCUGGCCCUGCGCUACGUUCCCCACCUCAUUCGAACCUGCAACCCGGCGCUGCGCUACGUUUCCCACCCUCUCCAUCCCCAUCCGAACCCGCAACCCGGCACCGCGCUACGUUUCCCGCCCCAUUCAAACCCGGCGCCGCGCUACGUUGCCCCCCCUUUCCAGAACCCGCAACAUGGCACCACGCUACGUUUCCCACCAUUUCCAGAACCCGCAACCCGGCGCCAUGCUACGUUUCCCACCCCAUUCAAACCUGGUGAUGCGCUACGUUUCCAACCUCAUUCGAACCCGGCGCCGCGCUACGUUUCCCACCCUCUCCAUCCCCAUCCGAACCCGCAACCCGGCACCGCGCUACGUUUCCCACCCCAUUCAAACCCGGCGCCGCGCUACGUUUCCCACCCUUUCCAGAACCCGCAACCCGGCGCCAUGCUACGAUUCCCACCCCAUACAAACCAGGUGCUGCGCGACGCUUCCAACCUCAUUCGAACCCGGCGCCGCGCUACGUUUCCCACCCUCUCCAUCCCCAUCCGAACCCGCAACCCGGCACCGCGCUACGUUUCCCACCCCAUUCAAACCCGGCGCCGCGCUACGUUUCCCACCCUUUCCAGAACCCGCAACCUGGCACCACGCUACGUUUCCCACCAUUUCCAGAACCCGCAACCCGGCGCCAUGCUACGUUUCCCACCCCAUUCAAACCUGGUGAUGCGCCACGCUUCCAACCUCAUUCGAACCCGGCGCCGCGCUACGCUUCCCACCCUCUCCAUCCCCAUCCGAACCCGCAACCCGGCACCGCGCUACGUUUCCCACCCCAUUCAAACCCGGCGCCGCUACGCUUCCCACCCUUUCCAGAACCCGCAACCCGGCGCCAUGCUACGCUUCCCACCCCAUUCAAACCUGGUGAUGCGCUACGUUUCCAACCUCAUUCGAACCCGGCGCUCGCUACGCUUUCCCAUCCUUUCCAGAACCCGCAACCUGGCACCACGCUACGUUUCCCACCAUUUCCAGAACCCGCAACCCGGCACCACGCUGCAUUUCCCACCCCAUUCGAACCUGGCGCCGCGCUAG